AUGAAGCCAGAAAGUGCUUUCGCUGUGCAACCCUGUCGUAUGAAUUUCAAGAUAGCUUCAAACUGUAACGGGGUUCACAAGUACGUUGUCACCACUGCCAUCAUGGCGAAAGUCACAGCGGCUUUCGUUCUUUUUGCGUUGUUUACGUUUACCCUUAUGGAUGUUCAAGGACAAUCCACAACACCAUCUCCGUCUCAUCAGCCAGCGCCCAAUCCACAGGACUAUAUGAGUAUUUUGAAUCAGGGUAUAAAGCUGUUGAGUGGUAAUUCGAUGACGGGUGACUUACUACAGCAAGUGUCCAAAAUCUCAUCGCUUCUGCCAAUGAUGAACGAACAAACUUUGAUGAACAUUCUUCGAAAUUUAAACAUCAAUGUAACAAGUUCUCAAAUUGAUGGUGCCCUCAAACUUGCACAAGGAGCAUUAUCGGCAGUGCAAACCCUACAGGAAAACAACACUAGUUUAAAUCCUUUCGCGAAAUCGCAGGAGUCUUACAGUCAAAUAAGCUCAGAAUGUAAAGGCUCUAUGGGGAUACUUGGUGCCCAGGUACUACAGCAGAAAACAUGGGCCUUGGGAAUGAUCGACGCCUGGGGAAAACCACAGUCUGGCAUUUCGACAGGAAGUACUCAUUGGCUUGGAAAUUUCGAUGAAUGUUUAGCUAUACAACCGGAAGUCAAUGGCAAGACACCAUUUGAAGUAACAUAUUGCGGAAUUAGUUUUCCAAUCCAUAUCACAGACCAGACGGCUACGCUGUACUUGGGAAUGUGUCUUCCGAAGACUUGCAACUAUUAUGAUGUGCUAAAUAUCUCUAAAACGUUGGUUGCGUCAAUCCCAGUGUCUCAACCCCUUAAUGCUAAUUACGCCUUAUGUAAAACAGAAAUUGAAUACGACACACGGGCGAUCGUUGCUAUAAUUGUUUGUUCGUUUUUCCUGGCUUUGAUGGUUUUUGCGACCAUCUUUGACAUAUUCAUCGUCUCUCCAGAAUUGGAGAGAAUAGCCAAGUCAACGGUUGUGGAAGUGGAGGACGCUUCUGAUAAAACAUCUAAUGGGAUAUCCCAAAUUUCCAAAGGUGAAAACGGAGUCAACCAUCAGCAAAUAGAACUCGAACUAAACGCUAUUUCUCAGCACAUUCAAACAAAUGGAAAUGAUUCAGGAUCCCUUUACAAAGUCCAUGAUGCCGGCGUCCGAACAAAGGUCAACAAACCUGUUUCAAAUUAUCCUGGAAUAUGCGCAAAGCUAGUUUUGUCUUUUUCUGUAUGGACUAACGGAAGAAAGCUACUGAGUACAGAACAAGCUGGUGGAACUUUAGGGGCCGUCAAUGGCAUUCGUUUCCUCAGCAUGACCUGGGUCAUACUCGGACAUACCUACGUCUUCGCGUUAUUAUUUCAGACUUAUGUAAACCCACUGUCAUUCAUGCAAAAGAUGUUAAAGCGACCAAGUUUUAUGGCUAUAGAUAAUGCACUGUUGUCUGUGGAUACUUUCUUCACCCUAAGUGGUCUGUUGGUUUCUUACUUGUUCAUGAAGGAGAUGAAAAGGGAGAGAGGUCGUAUUAACUGGUUCAUGUUCUACUUCCACAGGUUCUGGAGGUUGACACCGCCAUACAUGCUAGUAAUGAUGAUAGAUAUUGCCCUGUUCCGUUACUUUGGAGAUGGUCCUACGUGGACGCCGUUUGGAUUCGAAAUUGAUUUCUGUAAGGAUUCCUGGUGGACCAAUCUAAUAUAUUUGAACAAUUUUCUCAAAGUCGACAAACAGUGUUUUGCCUGGUCGUGGUAUCUGGCCAAUGACAUGCAGUUCUACGUUAUCAGUCCUCUUUUGUUGGUCCCGCUCUACUUUUCGAAAAAAAUUGGAGGAUUCGUUUGUGCCAUGUUCUUGUUGGGUGUAACAAUAACUCCUGCCGUUAUUUCCGCACACUAUCAGCUGCCAUCUUCGCAGUUCACGCUUAUACCAAGCCCUCACGCUGCCAACUACUUCCCGGAGUACUACAUCAAACCCUACUGCCGUAUGGGACCCUAUAUUGUGGGGAUUUUGACCGGAUAUAUCCUUUACAAGACUGGCAACAAAUAUAAAAUUUCAAAGCCAUUGAACCUUUUGAUUUGGGCUUUUGUGGCAGCUUUGGCAUGUGUUGUGUUGUAUGGCACAUAUCAAGAGUCUAAUGGUCACCCCAUGAGUGUUAGUAUCGCGGCCAUGUACAACGCUCUCCACAAAAGUCUGUGGGGGGUCUGUGUCUCCUGGGUCGUGUUUGCAUGCGUCACUGGAAAUGGAGGAUAUGUGAACACUCUUUUAUCCUGGAGUCCGUUCGUGCCCCUGGGACGUCUCACAUAUUGCGCCUAUCUUGUCCAUCCAAUAAUCAUGGCUGCGUAUUACAAAAUGCUUAGACAAGGUGUUUAUGCAACGGACUUCAGCAUAAUUUACUUGUUCUUUGGGCACUUGGUGCUUUCCUACAUGGUGGCGUUUGUCGUUUCCCUGGCGUUCGAAUCUCCAAUGAUGGGACUCGAGAGGACAAUUCUAAAGAAAGACAAGAAGAAAUAGAUCUUAAAAAGAAGACGCAU